AUGCAUUUGUAUAAUAUUAUGUAUGUUGUUUUACACAGCAUUCCAAAAGUUUUGGGAUACGUGACCAUUAUGGCACCAAGAAACUUCUUGUGUAUGAGAAGUAACUUUCUCUUUGGUUCAAGAUGUUGGAUGAUCCGAUUUUCAGCAGAAAUCCUCCUUAAAUCAGUUUCAUUUAGGCUUUUUAGUGUGAAGUGUGGUAAUGCAGACAGGGAGUCUUUGGAGAAUGAAGAAUUACUGAAUAACUUACUUACAAUGGGAGUAGACAUUGACAUGGCGAAAAAACGACAGCCUGGAGUUUUUAAUAGGAUGGGAACUAAAGAGCAGGACCUGAAGAUGUUCCUUCUGUCCAAAGGAGCUAGCAAAGAAGUGAUUGCUAGUAUCAUAUCAAGAUAUCCACGAGCCAUAACACGCACACCUGAAAGUCUUUCAGAACGGUGGGAUCUGUGGAGAAGAAUUAUGACAUCAGACCUUGAAAUUAUAAAUAUUUUGCAACGUUCUCCUGAAUCUUUUUUUCGGUCCAAUAAUAACCUAAACUUAGAGAAUAAUAUAAAGUUCCUCUCUUCAGUUGGAUUGACCCAUAAAUGCCUUUGUCGAUUAUUGACCAAUGCUCCACGUACCUUCUCCAACAGCCUAGAUCUGAAUAAACAGAUGAUUGUAUUUUUGCAAGAAGUCUGUUUGUCUUUGGGUCACAAUAAGCCCAGAGAUUUUGUUAGGAAGAUAAUUUUAAAAAACCCUUUCAUCUUAAUUCAGAGUACCAAACGGGUAAAAACUAACAUUGACUUUUUACAGUCAACUUUCAAUUUGAAUGAUGAGAAGUUGCUUGUUCUGCUCUGUGGUCCAGGAGCUAAAAUUCUAGACCUUUCCAACGACUAUGUCAACAGAAACUACACAAAUAUCAAAGAGAAGCUGUUUUUUCUUGGGUGUACUAAAGAAGAGAUACACAAGUUUAUUUUACGCUAUCCAGAUGUGAUCUUCUUGGGAGAGAAAAAGUUUAAUGAUAAAAUAGACUGCCUCAUAGAAGAAAAAUUUAGCAUAUCACAAAUAAUUGAAAAUCCUCGGAUUUUGGAUUCAAGCAUAAAUACUUUAAAAAAUCGAAUCAAAGAAUUGGUAAAUGCUGGCUAUAACUUCAGUACAUCAAACAUCGCUCUUUUAUCUUGGAGUCAAAAAAGAUAUAAUGCUAAAUUGAAGAAGUUAAACAUUGAAUAGAACAAUGUUCUGGGAAAUUAA